AUGGUUCACAUGCGCAAAAAUGCCUCACAACGUGGAAUUCUAAUUGGGCUAUUACCAAGCUUGAUAACAUGGAAACUAUGGGGACGGCGAUGUAUGGCACGUAUGGAAGAGAUUCGAGAAUCUACGGAGGAGGUAUGGCUUAAAAUAAAGGUUUGGUUGUGCCUCUUAGUUGGAGAAAUUGUCAAAGUCUCAAAACUAAGUAAAAUAGACAAUGAACUCCUCAAAGCCUUAGAGGUGCCUAUGAGUUCGAAGAUGAGUAAACCAACUCUCUUUGUUUCUUGGAGGAAACCUGCUGAUGGUUGGGUAAAACUCAAUAUUGAUGGGAGUAGUCUUGGUAAUCCGGGACCUUGUGGAGGUGGGGGAGUUAUCAGGGAUCAUCAUGGUAAUAUGAUUGCUGGCUUUUCUGCCACAUAUGGAUUUGGAAGUAACAAUGAAGCGGAGUUGCGUGUUGUGAUAAAUGGUGUAGAGCUAUGUAAAGAGAUGGGCUUCCAAUAG